UCCUGAACCUCUCAACUUCUUCCAGAGUUUCCCAUCCCAAUUCCAAACCUCCCAAAUUCAAACUACCAAAGUUUGAGCCACAGUCUAUCAAUUCAGCCUGAAGCUCUUUGUAUACUUGCACCAGCAGCUAAGUGAGGUUCAACAAUCUCCCUCGACUUCAAUCCACCCCUACCACCAACCACCAACGUAGCAAUAUUCAUUAUUCUAAGCCCAGGUUUACUACCUAGGUACAUAGGACUACGACGCUUUACCUGAAAUCUAUUCCUUCUCCUCCAAGCGGGAUUGGACUGAAGUGGAUUGGAUUGGACUACCUACCUGUUUUAUCCCGUCUUACUCCAUCCUGUAAGACUUUCGGCUUUCGGUUGUACCGUCUCAUCUCAUUUGCUUGAAUUAACGGCCGAAUUCCUAAAAGCCUCUCAAAAGUGGAAGCUUGCACCCGUUUCACCGGACAGGCUGAACUCAUCUGAAUAGACAAAACAUCUUGCCGGUCUUCUUAUCGGCGACAUAUCACAUUAUUGACUUUCUUGAUCUCAAUCCUUCACACGGAAACAAGGAAAACGAACCACAAAUCUUAGCUCUUUUCGAUGAAGAUUCAGUCGCCAUUGCUACCUUAGGAUUCAAUCAUCUAUCUACAUAGGGACCCAUACCAGAUAAGGAACGGGUACUUGAUCCUUCAAACCUUUCGUCGACUGCGACAGCUGUGACAAUUGUGACAACUGCGAGCUUUUAUACCCUAACAUUAUCGAUUUUGUGGAGGAGAUAUCCAUCUACUCCUUAUCAAUUAUCAAUUAUCUACCCCGCUAUCCAAAAUAAACCAACACCCCUCCCCUUUGGAAGUUUCGCAUCCCUUCCUCGCAAAGAGCUCCAUGUUAUUGGUAAAUCCGGUACUUAACUCCCAUUCCCUUACUUUUUUCUCUCCCUUAGUGUGAAUUACCUAGCCUUGGUAUAUUCAUUCAUUUGUUGGUUCGGCAAAAGCCAAAAAAAGAAAACGCAAAAAGAAUUCACGUAUAACGUUGGACGACAAUGAAUAGAGAACUUUCUUUCUCUUCAACCAAUCAGAAAACUAAUCGAAAGUUAUUUGUCCUACCUCUAGAAAUUCCCAUCUCUUCUCUCGGUCAAAUUAUUACACGCGAAUACCUCAUCACUCUUUGACUCUCAUAAUUGCUACGAGUUGAGAGAAGGUUAGGCAGGACAGGAUAAUCUCGAACGAAGCCGUCCUUCUAUGUUAAACUACAACCACUAUAUCACAGACAGACAAUAAGGCCGGUUUUUAGCCCUUAUCGAGUUAGGAAAUUUCGAUACUGGUGGUCUGUUUCUGUCUCUUAAAAAGGACCCGAGCACUUCCUCUACAAGAAGUCGACUUGCACAUAAUCUAUUGACUUGCCUUACCUCCUCUAUACAGCUACAAACAAACGUCUUUGUACAUCACCAUCCAUUGUACAGAUCUCCAUUAGCGGGUGAUUUUCUUACUUUCCUGCGGAACAAUAAGGCGAUCGAAUCAGAAAGAAAUCGGAUUCCCAUGCGAUAACUCACAGACUGACUUCCAGUUCUCCAAUUAUUAAUAAAUCACCGAAGAUUCCAUUUUAUAUUUUAUUUUUAACAUUUUGACAUCGCUAGACGCGGUCCAUUCGUCAUUUAUUUUACGCCAAGUCCCGAAUUGACCGUCCCAUCCGCCCCGGAUUUCCAAGAAACAAGGGAAGGGAAAGGAAAUAAUUUUGGAGCACAACUUCCCCUCCUUUCUCCCUGCUUGCUCCCUAUCGAAUCGAAUGAUAAAUAACCCGAAACUGUCAUCCCCAAGCCAAAUAAUUCAUUCAGGAAAAAAAGAAAAAAAAAAGGGUAAAAGGGAAAGCCAGCCAAACAACCAAUCGCUCCAAGCUUGGAGAGGAAUAAAGUCAAGAAGGGAUUCAAAUUAUUCGAAACUGUCAAAGAAAGGGAGUACCGGUACGUACCUGGAGGGAAAUUCUCGGUCGAGUUAUCAUCCAUUCAUUCUAUUAGAAUCGACUGGGAAGUCCUUACUUUUUCAUCUUCAUCGACUACGAGUACAACUACAACUACAACUACAACUACAACUACAACUACAACUACAACUACAACUCCAUCAUUUCCUCCACUAACUUCCUCCUCCAUCCUCUCCUCCACAUCUCCACCACCCACCCAUUCCUCCAUUUCAAGGAUUAAUAAAUUUGAGCGCUUCAACAAAAAGCGACUCAUACUAGGUAAGUCAAACCUGACACUACACUCAACACAUACACAAUACACCAUCAGGUUCGCAAUUAAAUCUGCGCCUCAACCUCAACCUAGUACUAUUCCAUUCUAACCUUCACACUUUGACAUUCAGGAAACCGAAACUCGAAAUAUCAUUAUUCAAUUUUUAUCCUUUUUCUUGCAUUUCGCUGCUCCGGCGCUGAAAGAUUUCAAUAAAGGAUAUUUUUGGUUUUUAUUAUUUGAUUUGAUUUUCCAUCAUAUCAUCUACCUGGUGGUUAUCCAUCCCUCCUAAAGAACACUUACAGAACUUCUUUUGCUAUCGAUUUUUGUCUUCUUGUCACACACAAGAUACUCAUUCUCAACGAAAGGAAUUAAAUUUCUAUCACCUCGUCAAAUCAAUCAAUCAAUCAAUAGAAGUCACCCUGUGCGACCCUCGGCCAUUGCUACCGAGAGUAAAAAAGUGAAAAAGGUUAAUCCCCCCCCACCCACCGCCUUUCACCGAAAUAUCGUGAGUUAUCCCACACAACGGCUGUUUUGGCACACAUUCUUUUGGAAAUUCUACUCCCCAAUCAUAACUUCUCCGCCUUUUUCUAGCGCACUCCUAGAAAAGGUAACCUUUCCUCCCCCUCUUGGGUUGACAACGCAAUUGUUUCUUUCUAACUUUACCUCCAUUCUAUCUCUAUACCUUGUUAAGAGUCAUCAAAGGAAGAACAUAUACUGACGAUCUGUCGGACAAGGCCCCCUCGCGAUAAUAAAUCUACCACUUCGCCCUACCUACCUUAUCAGCCAAAUCAAAGACCGGAUUGGUCUUGGUCGUCGUGGCCUAUUGUCCAACAACAAAGUUCGAAGAAUUUCAAGAAGACCCAUAUAAUCUACUUUCCCAGGAACCGGAAGUCAGCUUCAUUUCUGCUUACACCUUUGAAACUCGACGACUGUCUUCCCGCAUGUAAGUGCACAUCCUCUCCAUAUAUGCAUGUCCCCCUAUGUCAACUUGGCGAUCAAAAAAUAGUCUGCAUCAUGAUCAUAUAGAUGUGAUCAUUGGUUGUAAGAGCAAAUAUUUUGUCAUUUUAUCAAGAUAGGUACAAGCAUACUGUAAAUUCUGCGGCAAAUCCGGGCAUAUGCUUGCUCCUUAUUCGAACGGCUUACUUAAAGCUUUAACAAUGGCUAAUGUUUGUCACACAUAUAGAUAAAGAUCAUCUCUGUUCAAAGCGAGAGGUACCAAUACAAACCAACAACCGACCCUUCGCAGGACAUAUAACCUCCUCAAAGGUCUUUAUAGUCAGGAGUCAAAAUAGCCAAAAUGGCUGGCACGGGUGCGUCGAGCCCGUUUAUCAAAGACGAGCCGGAUGAUCAAUUCUUCUCCUCCCACAACCAAAGAUUCAUGUCGAACCCGCAAAGCUUCGGUCUAACCCAGACACAUUUCAAUCAGUUCGGCUCACACGGAGGCAGCAUCAAUCCCAAUGACUUGAAUGUUGCCAGCAAUGGCAUGUCCAUACCAAAUGGGGGAUAUGGGACCUCCUUCCAGAACAAUUUUUCAAGUCAGCCCUCAAACCCAAGCGCAAGCUUCUCCAAGGGUAUCUCAACUUUCGGUGACGACGAAUUGCUGGAUAGUCUAGACACCAUAAAUAAUCCACACUCUAAUCAUGGUGGCAUGCAAAACGGUCAAGAUUUUGGUAUGGAAUUUGACUUCAACAACAAUCAUAACAUGUACGGAGGAAACAACGGAAACGGCUUGGGUGUCGACCCGAAUAUGAAUGGCUAUUCAAAUACCCCAGAUGGAGAUCCUAUUCAAAGCCCCUUUGUUCACAACUUCAACCAUGCCCAAUUCAGACACAUGCAAACGCAGCACAACUUUGGCUCAUCACUUCACUCUCCCGCUUCAUAUGCAGGCUCCCCGUUGAGCGGUGCUGACUUGCACAAUGGAGAUAACAACUUUACCAAGCAGCAACGGCCAAGGUUGACUCAAGUGGGAUCUGGAAGAAAAGCAUCCAGCACUAGAAGUCCAUUGACGCCGAAAACUCCUGCGAUAUCGUCUCUCAAUAUUGGAUCAGCAGAUCAAUCAAACUUCCCGACUCAGCCAAUACGUACUAAUCAUGUCCACCGACACCAAAAGACCUUGUCUGGGCAAUGGGAUCAGGCACCGAACAGUCUUGGCUCCUUUCCGGGUUCUGAGUUCGGUUCGCCUAUUCAAGGGGUUCAUCCAAACCCACAAAUCUCCGACAUUCUCAAAGGUACUUCAAUGCCAACGAAACUCAACAAUGGUCAUGGAUCAGCGAAUGCACCAGGUUUGCAGUCACAAGAAAUGAAGAGAAGACGCCGACGGGAAUCACACAAUCUUGUUGAGAGAAGAAGGCGGGAUAAUAUCAAUGAGCGCAUUCAAGAAUUGAGUCAUCUUGUUCCCAUGCAUCGACUUGAGGACGAGAAAGUACGCAAAGCCAUCAUGAACAAUUCUCCUUUGUCUCCGACCCUCACCGCUGUGUCACAACCACCGCCAAACGGGAUGAGCCCUCCCCAAGCUACGUCGGGUCUUGCCGGUCCCGGUGCCAGGAGGGCCACAGGGAAUAUUACUACCGGUAUUCCGAUUGAGGAGAAAGACAAGGGACCAAACAAGGGUGAUAUUCUCAACGGUGCUGUAAGCUGGACCAGAGAUCUAAUGUGGAUGUGUCACCACCAAGCUCAACAAAUGGAAGAUCUUGCCAAUCUCAUUGCCGAGUUAGGCGGAACAUGGCCAUAUGAGAAAACUGAAGACGAGAAGCGCAUGCAUACUGAAUUGAUGGAUGCUAUGGCCAAGAAUGGUGAGGCUAGUUUCGAAUACACCCGACGCCCCGGCACGGGUUUGAGAGUGCCUAAACAUACCGAUUAUAGGGGCGAACCAGACCGUGGCUCCAACUUUCCUCAGCUUGACAAUUCUCUCAGUCCAGACAACCAUAGCAGUACAGAUGCUGGUCAAACUGGUAUGGGUGGUGCAGGUCAAUAUUGGAGUGGCCACAACAGCGGAGGUAGUGGUCCUGGCUCUAUUGGCGGCUUUAAAGAAGAAGAUGAAUACAACAUGGAUCUGGGUCAAUGAAAAAUUCGUUUUACUGGUUGGUGAGUAAUUGGUCAUCUGAUUACGGGGAAAUUUCAUACGAUUUUGAAGACAAAGCAACAAGAAGUUGUUACCAGUUUGCAUGCACUCUCCGCUUCGCAUCUGUGUCCUUACUUCGCUGGCGUUUUCAUCUAUGCAUUUAAUGGUAGUUACGGGGCUUGAUCUGGCUUGGUGUUGCUUGCGGUUUGAAUAAUUGCUCGCAGAAGGCGAGUCAAUCAUAUGGAUGGAAUAUGGAUACUAAGGGCUUUUUCAAUUAGGGUUGGAAUUUAUAAUUUGUUGGAGAUGGACAUUGGUUUUACUUGCAUUGCAUCAAACUUUCAUUCGGAUUUUGGUUUUAUUUUAUCUACUUGCAUCGAUGUUUGCGGUCUGGGCUCCUUCACAUGAUACCUGUGCAUCGGGAUACCGAUGUUUGCUUUUUGUUUUUCCUUUCUUACUUUUACGACUGGAUGGACAGGAUCGAAUCUGGGGCUCUCUUUCUGCUUUCAACUUGUUACCGAUUUGCUUUCACCUGAAACCCCCGCACAACACCUUAGCUAGCUUAGUUUAGUACUCAUCUUUUCUGCCCUUCUGGAAGAUUAAUUUUGAGAAAUCAUCCAUGAGUUGCUUAACAACGAAUGAAAUAUACGAAAUGAACCCGACAUUGCAACUUCGU